AUGACUAAGCGUACUGGUCGUGCCUCGGAUGAGGGCGUACACCGGAACACUAGAAACCAACACGCGCGGCAUUCGCGCACAAGUCGAAGAUCUCUAAAGGGCCGAAGAUCGUCAUCCUCGGCGUACCAGGGCUCCUCCGAAUCGGACUGGGUGGCGGCGCGGCGAGCAGCCAGUCACUGCCCGCCCGCCAGCUGUCGAGCGCGGGCGGGACAACACGGAGAUGCUUGCGUCGCGCUCUGCGAUGCGAGCCCGAUCGAGUCCAUCCACGACGUCGCCGCGGGCGGGCUCUCGAACGCGCUCCCGGAGCUCGUGCACAACUCUGGGCUGGGGGCAGCAUUCGAGAUCCGGGACCAUGUCCCCGAUAGAGAUCUGGAGCUCUGCCCGGCGCUCGGAGUCGGGAUCCUGGUCGGGAAGGACUCGAUGUCGAUGUCGAUGCGGUGGCAGGAGCGGGAUGGGGCGCGGAAGGAGGUGAGCGCGCCGCUGUCGCUCAUCGUCGCGGCGUUCGCGGCGUUCGAGGACGUGGGGAAGACGUGGAGGCCGCAGUUGCGCACCGACGUGGACGGGCCGACGGUGCUGCUGUUCUUCGACCUUGCGCGCGGGAAGCAGCGCCUUGGAGGCUCGGCGGUCAAGCAGGUGUUCAAGCAGGUCGGCUCGGAGGCCCCGGAUGCGGUGGAAGCACAGGACAUCAAGCGUACACAGGCCCGAAGUCUUCGUCCAGCAAGCGUGACUCGCGAGGAGACCGUCAAGUUCUCGACGUCUUCCGGCGACGUGUUCUCCAGCACCCGCGCGCAGUUGCAGCCGACAUGGACCGAAACGUCCUACCAGAUGAAAUCCCACCGCGACAACCCUGACUGUUCAAAAGAAGAACGACCCGACCUUCUCCCGCACCAGUCUUUGAGCCUCUUCCGCCGCCCCAAUGUCACCAUCCUGCGCGAGCAGAGCGUGAACGAGCACAUCGAGAUGGCCUGGGCCUUCGACGCCGUCGACGUGCACAUGUCUGACAUCCUCUCCGGCGCCGUCUCGCUCUCCUCCUUCCGCAGGCUCACGGCCUGUGGCGGCUUCUCGUACGGCGACGUGCUCGGCGCGGCGCGCGGCUGGGCGUCCUCCGUGCUCCUCAACGCGACCGCGCGCGCUGCGUUCUCCGCCUUCUUCGAUCGCGCGCGCCGACACCUUCACGCUCGUGGUCUGCAACGGCUGCCAGCUCCUUGCCGCGCUCGCGGGGUGAUCCCCAGCGCGGCGGACCGGCCUGCGUUCCGCGCAAACCGCUCCGAGCGCUUCGAGGCGCGCGUCGCCGUCGUCGAGGUCGUUCCGGGCCCGGACCACACGUUCGCGGGCGCGCGCCUGCCUGUCGCGGUCGCGCACGGGGAGGGCCGCGCGGUGUUCGCGCGUGAGGGACAGCGCGCUGCGUUAGAGGCGGGUGGGCUCGUCGCGGUGAGGUACACGGCUGACGGGCGGGUGCUCGCGCUCCUGCCGCACACGGAGCGUGUUGUGACGAUGGAGAGCAACAGCCGGUAUCCGCCAGAGCUGGCGGAGGUGUGGAAGGGUGUUGGGCCGUGGUUCCAGCUGUUCCGCAGCGGCGCGAGGAAGUGGUGCGGGAAGUGA